UCUCUCUAAUGAGUAUAGUGAGUAUUAAUAAUAAUUUACUCUAGUGAGUAUAGUAGUAUGAGUAUUAAUGUCGUAAGGAGACGAAGCAAAUUCAACAAUCCAUGGAAUUUACAGUGAAUGUGUUUAAAAUAUAUUCACUGAUGGGAAAUAUAAAAAGGGAAUUGGCCUCUAUUCUAAAACUUACAGCGGCUCAUUUGACUGCGGUUGGAAACCCCCGUAUUUCCCGACACAACUUCCACUUUUGUGAAGUUGAAACACAGAGGAACAGCUGGCGCCAGUAAAAUGUCUGAGAAGAAAGGGAAUGGAUCUGACUCUACAGGGUCUCUCAGCAAACCACCAACCAGGUCAGAAAUAGGAGAAGUAGAGUCCACAUCUGUCAGCUGCGUCUCCAUGAAAAGUGACAGAUCCAUGUUCGAACCACUCUUCUUUGGAGCAGAGAAUCUGAAACGACAGUUGACUGGGGAACCAUCCAGCUGUGCAGCGAGUGAGAGUGUUAUGAAGGAUCUGGACCAACUCGGCCUUGGACGUUGUUUAGACAGACAAACAUCCCACUCUCCAGUGCGGCACCACCAUCAGGGUGGGAAGAAACCAAGACGAACAGACGAUGGCUCUGGUAAGAAACAUCUUUUCAGCGCAAAGAAAAACCUCAAAGAAGAGAUGCAAAGAAAGUUUGCUUUGGUGUCUGAAGGAAAUGUUGACCAAGCGAGUGCUCUCAACAGUAUCUACACAAACCUCUACAUCACCACAGGGGGGGAACAAGAGCCCGAUGUUGGACAUGAGCUCACACACGCUAAACGGAAACUAAACAAGCAGCUCUCUUUUGAAACAAUAGUUAAACUCAGUGACAUCCUCAAACCGUCUCCAGACACACGGGUCAGAACGGCUCUGACCAAGGGCGUCGCAGGCAUCGGGAAGUCCUUCGCUGUGCACAAAUUCAUCCUGGACUGGGCCGAGGAGCGGACGAACCAGGAGCUGGAGUUCAUUUUCUGUCUGGCUUUCCGAGAGCUGAAUCUGAGUGGAGGAGAGACGAGCCUGCACCUGCUCCUGACUGAGUUCCACCCAGUGCUGAGCGACCUGAAGGAUCCACUGAGUUAUGUCCAAAGUGAGAUGCUGGUGGUUCUGGACGGUCUGGAUGAAAGCAGACUUCAGCUGGACUUUAACUCAUCGAAGGUGGUGAGAUCUGUGGAGGCAGUGGCUCCAAUGGGCGACCUGCUGGUCAACCUGAUCCAGGGAAACCUUCUGCCCCACGCACACCUGUGGAUCACAUCCCGUCCAGCAGCAUCCGCUCAGAUUCCAGCCAAGUUCAUCGACGCGGUGACGGAGAUCAGAGGGUUCAGCGACGCUCAGAAGGAGGAAUAUUUCAGAAGACGCUUCCGGCACGACUCCUGCCUUGCUGAAAGGAUCAUUUCACAGGUUCAGUCAUCACCGAGUCUGAGCAUCAUGUGCCAGAUCCCCGUCUUCUGCUGGAUUUCUACCGUGUUGUUUGAGGAGGUCUUCACAGGAGCCGACAGAGACACGAUCCCUCAGACUCUGACAGAGAUGAUGGCUCAUUUCCUGUUGGCUCAGACCAAACGCAGGAGCAGAAAAUACGAUGCCCACGCAGAGGAAAACAACCAGAGGCUUCUGGAGAGACACCGAGAAUUUCUCCUGAAACUCGGCAAACUUGCGUUUGUUCAUCUGCAGGAGAACAAGCUGAUAUUCUACGAGGGCGACCUGGAGGAAUGUGGCCUCGAUGUGAAGGAAGUCUCCGUCUACUCUGGCUUCUAUAACGCAGUUCUGAGGAAGGAAGACCUGUUUUCCCAGAGGAAGGUUUUCUUCUUUGUGCAUCUGACCAUUCAGGAGUUCUUUGCUGCUCUCUUUGUCUAUGAGUGUCUUAUGGAGCAGAACACCCCAGAGCUCUGCAGCUUCCUGGGUCUGAAGGACCCACACUGUGGUCUAUCUGUACUUGAUCUUCUCAAGAAGAUCGUUGCCAAGGUGAUGGAGAAGAAGAACGAACACCUGGACUUCUUCCUGCGCUUCCUGCUUGGUCUUAUGGUUGAACAGAACCGUAGAGUCCUUCAGGGUCUGUUGACGUCACCAGACCCAAACCAAGACACAGACAAGAAAACCCUGACCUACCUCAAAUCUAUCAGAAGAAAGACUGUCUCUCCAGACGGCUGCAUCAGUCUGUUCCAGGCGAUGGUGGAAAUGAGAGACCACAAAGUCAAAGACGAGAUCCAAGAAUACCUGACGCUGACGGAUCGUUCAAACACAGACCUGCCCCCGCUGCACUGCUCUGCUCUGGCCUACAUGCUGCAGGUGUCAAAGGACCACCUGGAGGUUCUGGACAUGAAGAGCUACAACACCUCAGACGAAGGCAGGAGGAGGCUGAUCCCAGCGGUGAAGAUCAGCAGAAAGGCCAUAUUAGCAGACUGCAGAGUGACAACAGAGUGGAUCCAACACCUGGUCUGUGCUCUCGCGUUUCCUUACUCACGUUUAAGGGAUCUGGACCUGAGCAACAACGACCUGAAGGAUUCAGAUGUUAAGCAGCUCUGUGAAGGACUCUCACUUCAGUGCUGCAGACUUCACACCCUGAGGUUGUCAGGUUGUCUGGUCACAGAGAACGGCUGUGAACAUCUGGCGCUGGCUCUGAGGUCCAACCCCUCGCAUCUGAUGGAGCUGGACCUGAGCUACAACCACCUGGGAGCCACAGGAGAGAAGAUGCUCGUUGAGCUGUGGAACGACCCACAAUACAGACGCAGAGAACUCAAUGUUGAACACGGUGGACGCCAUCGCAUGAAACCUGGAUUCAAGAAAUAUGUUUGUGAGUUGACCUUUGACCCCAACACAGCGCAUAAGAACCUGCUUCUGUCAGAGGAGAACCGGCGGGUGAGCUGGGUGCCGGAGCAGCAGCCGCGUCCUCCUCACGCCCACAGAUUUGAUGAGUGUCAGCAGGUGCUGAGUCAGCAAGGCCUGGACGGACGCUGCUACUUUGAGCUGGACGCGUUGGAGCCCUUCAGCUUCGGGUUAACGUACAGAACCAUCGGGAGGAAGGGCGGAGGGGGGGACUGCCAGCUGGGCCACAACUACCAGUCCUGGGCUUUCACCUGCUCCCAUGAAGGCUGCUUUGCUCUGCACGGCGAGGGGAAGGUCGGCGUGGCGUCCCACUGCUCGCGGUCCAGUCGGGUGGGAGUGUAUCUGGACCGGGCGGCCGGGACUCUGUCCUUCUACAGAGUGUCCUCUGACAGUCACGCUCGCCUCCACACAUUCACAUCGGCCUUCACUGAGCCCCUGUAUCUGGCUGUGGAGCUUCACACUCACUCCAACGUGCUGAUCUGCCGCUAACGCAGCUUUUAUUAAGGCUGUACAUUCACAUCUAGAUGGACAAACACAUGUAGACGCGUGUUACAUCCAUCCAUCCACAACCGCUGAGUCCAAUAUGUGAGGUCGUGGGGCCGGAGCCUCUCCCAGCUGUCUAUGGGUGAGAGGCAGGGUGCACCCUGGACAGGUCACAGGUCACCAGUCCAUCACAGGGCAACACAUGUACAAACAACCCCACACUCACACCUACGGGCAAUUUAGAGUGACCAAUCAACCUAACGCACGUCUUUGGACUGUGGGAGGAAGCCGGAGAACCCGGAGAGAACCCACACAAACUUAUUGUCAGAUCUCCGGAGACGACGGACCCACAUGCACAGCACAGACAAUCGCGUAUGGUACAGUAUGGUAGAAAAGGGGUUUAUUAAGCAACAGGGGUCAGUUCAGGCAGGGUCAUUCAUCCAUUCAGGUAAGCACGGGAUUACGGUCCAGAGGAUCGGGCAGUCUCAAGUCCGUGGACAGGAAGGGUUCAUUAACGUGCAGGCUCAGAUAGCGGUACAGUUCAGGGUGAGACAAUCUCGUGGUCAGAAUAACAGGCAGAGUUAAGUUCAGUUGACAUGGCAGACAAGGAGUAGGCAAGAGUCGUUCACGGUGGUCAAAAACAAGGUUCAGGAUCACGAAGCACGACAGGAACAAGGACGCUGGAAAGUGCUGAAAUGCACGCAACGAUCUGGCUACUGGCUGGUGUGUGAGGUGGGAGCCAAAUACUGAGGCUGAUGGCUCAUUAUUGUCAGGUGUGUGUAAUGAGGCCCGGAGGUGACAUUAAAAGGAGCUGUGGUGUGAGUGUGGCAGGAAGUCCUUCAAAGUAAAACCAGAGACUAGAACCAAACAUGACAGGCAGGAAGUCCUUCAAAGUAAAACCGGAAGCAGCCCGAAACUGUGACACUUAUACAUAUACUGUACACAAAAUAUGUGAUACAGUAUAUCUGCCAUUUUACAUUUUGUUCUAAUCAUAUUCCAAGAUUCAUUCAUUAUAUCAUUAUCCAGCUUCAUAUCAUGUGCAGUAAGUGUUAGUCUAUUUUUGACAUCCUAAUGUGGUCAGUUCUCAACUCUGUGUUGUUAUUGUAGAUGUUUUGCUGCCGUUUUUAUCAUUGUCAAAUACUGAAAGCUUUUCCAAGUUCUCCCUCGUGAAUGUUGGUCACAUAUUUUAUCCUUGUAGAAAUAGAUUAUUAUUAAUCAAUAGCAUUAAUAUAUAUUAACCAGUAUCACAAAUGUGUAACACACCACAGUUUGUUUUCCAUUGUUUGUGUAGUGUCUUCUGGUGUCCACCAUUUCAUCAUUGUUUUUCACACCGUGAAUAUGUUUUUCACAGUGCACAAGCAUUACUGUUGUUUGUUUUAUGCAAAGUUGUUUUUGUUGUUGUUUUUUGCCUUUUCCCCUUUUUUCCUAUAGAAGUCUAUUAUCUGCUCGUCCUCUUGUUUACACAUCCAGAAAAGUAAAGUUUUGACUGAAGCCUUAAAAGGCAAAAUCCUAGAAGUGAUGGUGUCACAUCAAGCUGCUGCUGCUUCUAUAAUAUUAUUACUGUAUGAAGGACAUAUAUGAACAUGAACCAACCAAUAAACAGAGGCUUUAUUAUAAACGUA